UCGUCUGGCUUUAUCAAUUCCCAGCAGCCUCGGCUCGAUCCGAUCGUGAACGACCAGCCAUGAACGCAUAUACUCGCAUCUUCUUGGUACUCCUCGUAGCUUCUACUAUGAUCUUCGUGCUUACCGCUGGAAGUUCUCCAUUUGAUCGAGCCAUUGGGGUGUGCAUAAGGAACUGCGCCCAAUGCAAGAAAAUGUUCGGACCAUAUUUCUUGGGCCAGAAGUGCGCUGACUCUUGCGUUAAGUACAAAGGAAAGCUCAUCCCCGACUGUGAGGACGAGGGUUCGAUUCAGCCGUUCCUCCAAGCACUUGAUAGCGACUAUUAACUAUCUACCGCUUGCGUAAAGUUCCUAGCAAUUUAUGUUCGCGUCGAUAUUUUUGUAACGUCCGCUAAAUGUAUGUGUUGCGUGUGCGUGUAAUCCACAAUGGAAGGAAUUUAAGAUCUGACGCGAUUCGCCUGUAAUUCCACGUGAUCAAUGUUUACAGUAUUCUCUUAUUAAUUUUUCUUUUUAAUGAUAUAUACACGUAUAUAUAUAUACAUAUACAUAUACAUAUAUUUUUUUUAUACAAACGCAGAGGGAUAUUUAGAUGAAAUUUCGGUGACACGAAACACUGUGAUCGACGUUCACACGUGACUGUGACAGACUCGAACCGUUUGAAUGAGUGUGUACGCGUGCGUGCGAUAAGAGAUUAUAAUUACAGGUCUGAUACCUGUAAGACAUUCCGCGUUGCGAGGAUUCUUUUUUUCAAUAAUCGAGAACUAUAAGCGUUCCGAGGGAUUCUUUGUAUUUUGCAUCUCAAUGUCCAGUAUUCGAAUAUACUCAAAACAUUUAUAUAUUUAAGGUAUUACUUAAUGAAUAAGGCAACAGAAGAAGAGAACACGAUGCGGAGAAAAUAGGGUAAAAGAUAACCUGUAGGAUAGAAAAGAAAAGGAAACACAAGAACCGACCAAGUUUACAUAAUCAUGAUAUUAUACACGUUAAUUUUCAGUCAAUAAAUACAGUGUCCGAAAUGUUCUCGCUAACAAAGCGUCGAAACUAACAUUCACUAUUAUGAUCGUCAACUUUGAGAGUUCAUUGAAACGACCUACUCAUUCUAGUUACGAAAGAUACCUGAAAAGUAAAAAGUACCGAACCUCGACAGAUGUUUAUAUUGAAAUCGAACAUCUUUUGAGGCAGCAACGUUUAAAGUACAAUAAUUUCACUCACCGGAAGUGGACUACUCAGGAGAAGGAGGCGCUACGUAGCAUUCCGGUAUUGUCGACAAUGCUUGCCUCGAUUCCAGUUGUUGUACCUGAAGGAGAGAAAGAGUCACGUGAACUUUGUCGCAUCGUUGCUACCGCUACGAUCUUGUUUCGUUUCGUUUAAGCGCAUAUUUACACGUUGUCGGAGGGUCUUCUCGUUCAGAGCUGCUCUCGAUAAUAAAUGUUUCAUUUUGUCUAAGAGCUCCGACUUGUGGCUCAAUUGUUCCCUCAACACCUUAACCUCCCCGUUUUCGUCCUCCCUCUGGACGGCUUGCAGCGCGGCUAAUCUUUGCUCAGCCAACUGCAAAUCCGCUUCCAAUGCAACCACGCGCUUCUGCGCUUCCUCGUAUUGUUUCUGUAACAAACUAUCGCUCUGCCUGCCCGAUAAUUUACCCUGGAAAUAGAAUCAAUAGAAUGGUCACUUUUGUGGACGCUGAGUAAAAUUAUUAUAAUCAGUUUAAUAAUAUUGCAUAGCCUCCCUAUUAGUCCGUUUCAUACUCAUACGUCACGUUAGAAAUAGGAAAAAAGUAACAAUGAAAUAAAUGCAAUAAUUUUCAAUUGGAUGGAGAGGGAAAAUGAGAAUCUGAAAUUUUCGUUUUAAGUUUUGGAAAAAGAUUCGAAGCAUAUAUUAGACUUGUUUAUUAAAAAAUGAAGAUUAUAUUAGGAUUAAAUGAAAAAUGAUUAGAUAUUACCAAAUAUUAAUAGAUUAUAAAUUUUAAACGACGAGAGAAUUUCUUAAUGUACAACACUAAAUAAUAAAGACACUUGAA